AUGCCAUUAAUGAAGAUCGAGAAAAGGAGAGGAGAGAUAACCUCAGCACUCCAAGAUUCCAUCGUGAUCACCAGAAAUAUGGCCACCCAAUCCGACGUCAAAUAUACUGGACACCACGACAUAGUGAAUAUUGUUGUACCAUUGAAUAACUUGAAUGAGUUCUUUUUCGUGGAAGCCGAAAAUGGUUUGCAUUGUCUUUUUGGACCGUCGUUAGCCAAGUGGCGGAGGGCUUUCCGCGCCCAUGCUUCGUCGAUGCAUCUCGAAAAAUUGGACAAUGCCGUAGUGGAACGCCUACGAGUGUUAGACUCGGAGAAGAAGAUGAAGGUGGCGCUCCAAGCUUUACCAGCAGACACGCAACUAGACGAAAUCAAGGACGCUUGCGUGGACCUCGGAUUCACUAUAGAGCACAUCAAGCAGAUCAACGCCAAAGAGGGCAAGCCGAGCUGCUCGGCGCCCGCAUCCCUGAUGGCGCUGGUGAAUGCCCCUACUCAAAGCGGCGAAAGAGACCAACUAGCGGCCACCAACACCACCAAAAAGGCUCCAAAGAAAAACAAAAAGAAGACGAAGCCCACAGCUCCAACUCCAGCAGCAAGUGACAAGGAUCUGGCUCUAACCAGAGUCCUCUCCUCUUACAUGGUUGAGAGGAUGAACCUGAAGAAGCAUGUCGUCGCAGUAUUCCUCGACAUAGAGAAGGCGUUCGACAAGAGUCAAAAUACUCAACAUGUUACUAAAUUAUUAGAUAAUGGGCGGGAUGCUACAGCUUUCGCUACUGGCAACAAAGCGUAUUUAGCAGCGACGGACGGUCUAUAUAUAUAUGACUACAUAAAAGGUACAGCUAAAAAUACGGAUCUCACUGAUAAUAUAAUACAAAUAGAAGCAAAUCACCAAACAGGCAUUCUCUAUUUUGUAACAGAUGACCAUCAAGUAUUCUACGUUGCUGAUGAAGGAACGAAGAAGAAUAAAAUUAAUAUUAAUGAUGCUCAAGAAAUUGCCUUUGAUUUUGACAAUAACAUGUAUUACUAUUAUGGCAAGAAAGACUUGUACGUGUUUAACGAAAACUGUAAUAGGAAAAUUGAAGGUGUACCUAAAGGUAGUGAAAUUAAACUGAUUGUACCUGCAUCUCAAUGGAUGGGAGUAUUUGCUGUUGUAGAUGAUGCUGUCUAUCUGCUAAAGGCGAAUAAAAACGCAGUGAAAACCAGUGUAACUCUUCAAGUCAAACCUACCGCGUUCGCUUCUGAAUCUUCGGUAAAACAUUAUUAUGCGUUUGAAAAAGGAUAUACUAUUAUGAUGCGGAUGCAACUGUAAAUAAUUAUGUUACGGGUAUUGAGCAAAUGUUUGAACUUGCCAUCUAAGAUUAUACUGAUGCACAAACUUUGUUAAAAAGCCUUGACAUUCUCUCAGAUAAUGUAUGAUUUCCCCAAUAAAAACAAUAACUUCUUACCGAA